ACUCAAGGAGUGCAACUGAAAUGCUGAAGAUCUGAGACUUGAGAUCAGUGGGGUGCAGUUUGGCUUGAAGAUGAAGACCUUUGGCUUUUACCUCCUCAUAAGCCUUCCUGUGUUGAUGCCCUUAGCCCAGCAUGAAGGAAACAGAAAGGUGACACUGACACUGAGGACUGAGAGGACACCUGUGUACAUCGGAGACAAAGUGACAAUGGAGUGCAGCAUUGAGGGCAGCGUCUCUGACUGUACAUAUCGCUUUUACAAUAUUUGUAACGGACAUUAUGAUCAAAUUAAAGAGACCACUGAACACACUUACACCAUCGAGUCUGUGAGUCAGUCUGACAGUGGAGAAUACAGCUGUGACGCAUACAGUGCUGAUUACCCUCAAGUCUUAGGACCCAGCAAUCGUGUUACACUGACAGUUCAUGGAAACAGAAAUGUGACACUGACACUGAGGACUGAGAGGACACCUGUGUACAUCGGACACAAAGUGACAAUGGAGUGCAGCGUUGAGGGCAGCGUCACUAACUGGACAUAUCGCUUUUACAAAGUUGGUAACAGACCCAAUGAUCAAAUUAAACAGACCACUGAACACACUUACACCAUCGAGUCUGUGAGUCAGACUGACAGUGGAGAAUACCAAUGUGACGUCUACAGUGCUGAUUACCAUCAAGUCUUAGGAUUCAGCAAUCAUCAAACACUGACUGUUCAUGGAAACAGAAAUGUGACACUGACACUGAGGACUGAGAGGACACCUGUGUACAUCGGAGACAAAGUGACAAUGGAGUGCAGCAUUGAGGGCAACGUCUCUGACUGGACAUAUCGCUUUUACAAAGUUGGUAACAGACCCAAUGAUCAAAUUAAACAGACCACUGAACACACUUACACCAUCGAGUCUGUGAGUCAGACUGACAGUGGAGAAUACCAAUGUGACGUCUACAGUGCUGAUUAUCAUCAAGUCUUAGGAUUCAGCAAUCAUCAAACACUGACUGUUCAUGAACUCUUCAGUAAGCCCACCCUGACAGUCCACCCCAGUACCACAUUGUGGGAAGGUGACGCUGUGACCCUGAGGUGUCAGUCUGAGAGUCGAGUGCAGGAUGCAUGGCUGAGAUACAAAUUCUACAAAGACGAGGAAUCUGUGAGUCAAGGAGCUUCAGAGUCGGAGUUCACAAUUCCAUCAGCUCGUCCAGAGAAGUCCGGCAGUUACUGGUGUGAGGUGGAGGCAGAAGGGAAGAAGACUGAGAAGAAAACAAGUGAGCGAGUGCAGGUGACCGUGAGAGAGCUGUUCACCAAGCCCACCCUGACAGUCCACCCCAGUACCACAUUGUGGCAAGGGGACAAUGUGACCCUGAGGUGUCAGUCUGAGAGUCGAUUGCAGGGGACACAACUGAGAUACAAAUUCUACAAAGAUGAGGAAUCUGUGAGUCAAGGAGCUUCAGAGUCAGAGUUCACAAUUCCAUCAGCUCGACCAGAGAAGUCCGGUAGUUACUGGUGUGAGGUGGAGGCAGAAGGGAAGAAGCCUGAGAAGAAAACAAGUGAGCGAGUGCAGGUGACCGUGAGAGAGCUGUUCACCAAGCCCACCCUGACAGUCCACCCCAGUACCACAUUGUGGCAAGGGGACAAUGUGACCCUGAGGUGUCAGUCUGAGAGUCGACUGCAGGGGACACAACUGAGAUACAAAUUCUACAAAGACGAGGAAUUUGUGAGUCAAGCAGCUUCAGAGUCGGAGUUCACAAUUCCAUCAGCUCGACCAGAGAAGUCCGGCAGUUACUGGUGUGAGGUGGAGGCAGAAGGGAAGAAGACUGGGAAGAAAACAAGUGAGCGAGUGCAGGUGACCGUGAGAGUGUCCCAUUUCCCUAUUAUUUUAGGCAGUGUUGGAUCCUCUCUGUUUCUUUUGAUGCUUCUGCUCUUCGUAUAUCACAAGACUCGAGGUUUGCCAUGCUUUGAGAGUAAGAAGGCCAGGAGAAAAGAUAAAAGAAUGGAUGUGAAUACCCCAGGCGGAGGGGCUGUCCAGAUGGAGGCAUUAAAUGAUGAGGGAUCAAAACCAGAAGUUUUUUACUCUGAGCUGGUGAACAUUGCCAAAACUAAGAAAAAAGGAAUGCCCCCUGUGAACAGCAGCUCUGCUGGAGUGUAUUCUGAGGUUAAAGUUCAUCAAGAUCAUGAGCCCUGCUCCCAUAGUCAUUUGUGGGACCUCUCGGAGCAUCUGCUCACCCCUGGCCCCUGCAUUGCUCACAGGGAGCGCUCCUACCCAUCAGGCACCCAUAUGCACGAUCUUCUUGGGGACAUUUCAGUUCCAACUGCCUGCCCUCCCACUACGCCACCAGCUCCGCCAUGA